ACAAUAGAGUAUCAGUAAUCAACGAUUUCAUGGACAAAGUGAUUAACAUAUCGUUACGUCAUUAUGUUAUUUCAAUAUACCAGAGGUGUAGUGUUUGAUAAUGUCUGCAUAUUGUAGAGCGGAAGUGAUUUUGAGCUUUCUAUGGAUUUUUGCUACAGUUGGUGUAGUUGAAGCUUACUUCAGCGAUGGCCUCAACCCUGUAAGAGUGGACCUGAGUGUUUGGCAUCAGCGCAACCCUCGAGUGGCGCUGCGAACUAACGACCAGCUCGCUUGUGAAAAACCUAAUAUUUACAUAUGCGAGGAACCACCAAACACAAUAUCAUCAGAAAUCGGCAAAACGUGUAACUUCCGUAAUGUACAAUACCAUGAGCAAGUAUACAGAUGGGUUGCUGGCAGGGGCUGUCUGCUCUAUACACCAGACUUCCUAUUCGUGAAUGGCAGUAAUCCUAUCAAUUUGAAUGCGGGAUGCGUUUAUGGGAAUCUGUUCGCUCCUUGCUUGGAAGUUGUAAAAGACGAUGGUACUUGUGGAUGUUUUCCUUUCGACCCUUCGUUAGAAGAAGUAGCGAAUACGGUGCGAAAUGCACUCAUACCCUCUGCACAUGGGCGCUGGGAGAAAUGUUUUUAUGAGGCUAGUGACUGUUGCAGCCACUUCAUGGAGGAGAGUGGCUUUGCUGAUUUUGCAAAUGAAGAAUGUCCGACCACAUUCGACGGUUGGACGUGUUGGCAGCCAGCUACUAAAGGCACCACCGCUAGUGCAGUUUGUUCAGAAUUCGCGUAUUCUAACUCUGGACCUUCCUGUCAUCAUUUCAGUACGAAGAAAUGCUUCCAAAACGGUACAUGGGAGUUACAAACCGACUACACCACGUGCAGUAUAACCCCUCGUCUCUUAAGCCGGUACCGUUUUUAUAUCGGAAUGCUGUCCUUUUCCGUAAUUUUCUGUAUACCGGCCAUAUUUAUCUUCUUCUUCUAUAAGAGAUUGAGGAUCACGAGGGUCGUGAUGCACAGGAAUCUGCUGAUCGCGAUCGUGAUACGGAAUCUGCUGGUUAUUAUUGGGCGGAGUGAGAUUUACAUGGAAGAACUAAAAGGUUCCGGCAGUACAGCCAUGUCCCGGAACUCGGUACUAUGCCGUAUUCUAUCCACGGGCGAAAGAGUAGCUGCUGGCGCGGUGUUUGCCGCCAUGUUGUUGGAAGGAUUGUACUUACAUCGGUUAAUUGUAGCUGUGUUUAGAAGGAGAAUGGAAUUGGCAUAUCUGUAUGUAGUGGCUGCAGUGAUCGCGAUUCUCCCAGCAGUGGUAUGGGCUAUAAUCAUGGCACUGUACAACGACCACUCAUGCUGGGUCGUAUAUACCGUGGACCAUGUGCAAUGGAUAUUAGACGGACCCAGGAUUAUGAUCCUGGUCGUCAAUACUGUGCUGUUCUUUGACGUGCUGAGAGUUCUGCUCACUAAGAUCAGGAACACGGAGAAUGCUAAUCAGCUGAGCACAGUAAAAGCAACACUAUUCCUCAUGCCAGUAUUCGGUACACAGUUUAUCUUCACGGCUAUAAGACCCACGACUAGCAACUGUCUCUGGGAGCAAGUGUACUACUUCAUAGCGUACACUGUGGAGGGCUUACAGGGAUUCGUCGUUGCGUUGAUCUAUUGCUACGCUAAUAGAGAGGUCCUCGGACUCAUCAAAGCAACUUACAAGAAGACAGAAAGUGCAGUAGUAUCACGUAUUAGAGGCUCUGAAUACCCUCGUACAAGUGUUGACCCUAAAUCCGAUAGACGCUUUACAUACACUACUGGGAUGUCAAAAAACAAUGAAGAUAAAGACCCAUACACCUACAUGAAGCCAAAACUACAUGUGGCUGAAAUAAUAUCCAUACAAGCUAGCGAAAGAUUGGCAGAAAUACUAGACCCAGUGUAUGAAACAGUGGACAAUGGUCUAGUUAAUAGUGGCUAUGAUUUCCUGGAUAGAUCGGAAUACGAAAAUGACUACAACUUCACAAAUGCCUCUAGCGUUUCUAUUGGUUGUCAAGAUUGGUUAAAACGCAUUUCGCCAAAUAGCAGUAUUUACAAUAGAUCUGCUAUAGAAACAACGAAACCUAUAAAAGAAAAUGAUAAUGAAGCUAAAAAUGUCAAAGAAUCAGAGUACGAAAAUGAUCCAAAAGCAAAUGAUCCCAAUUUUAAUACGGAUCCUCAAAUAGAGGAUGUAUACGAAAUUCCAUCUUUCAAUGAUUAUGAAAACCAUGACAUGUUGAACGAAAUCAUACAGUACAUAGAAAGCAAUGAAAGAAACCUCGCAUUGAAUUCUGAGUUACUAGCGCCGAACAGAAAACCGGAGGAUAAAAUUGUUUUUGUUGAUCAAUAAAUAUUUUGCCAUAAUUAAUCGCCGGCUCCAUCGUCUUCUAUUGUUUAAGCAAAUCAGAUGUACCAUUUGAUAUUUUUUUAAUAAACAGUACUUAAUAUUUUGA